GGCGCUGUGGCGCUGUCCCCGCUGUCCCCGCGGGGCCCGGCCGGACAUGGCCCCGCGCGGCCGCCCCGCCGCCGCCGCCAUGCCCCGCAGGGGCGCCCGCAAACGCCUCAAGUUUCGCGCCGACGACGUGUGCUCCGAGCGGGGUGAGAGCCGGGCCGGGCCGGGCUGGGCCUGCAGGGGCGGGCCUGGGCCGCGGCUGAGGCGGCCCGGGGCUGGUGAGGGAAGGCGGGUCGAAGUGACGGUGGCAGAUUAUGCCAACUCAGACCCAGCUGUCGUGAAGUCUGGGCGGGUGAAGAAGGCUGUGGCCAACGCAGUGCAGCAGGAAGUAAAAUCCCUGUGUGGUUUGGAAGCUUCCUGUGUCCCUACUGAGGAAGUUCUCUCCGUGUCAGGAGAGUCCUGUGACAGCAGUGAUGAGAUGGAUACCAAGGAAAGCAUCAAUGGGAGGGCUGCCUCGAGGAAAAAGAAGAGCAAAAGGCACAAAGAAGAUGCCGAAGGGGGAGGAGGAGAGGAAUAUCCCAUCGACAUCUGGCUGCUCCUGGCUUCCUACAUCCGCCCUGAGGACAUCGUCCGGUUCUCUCUGAUCUGCAAGAAAGCCUGGACUGUCACUUGCACCGCUGCCUUUUGGACCAGGCUGUACAGAAGGCACUACAGCCUGGACGCGUACCUGCCCCUGCGCCUGCGCCCCGAGUCCAUGGAGAAGCUGCACUGCCUGCGCGCCUGCGUCAUCCGCUCCCUGUUCCACAUGUACGAGCCCUUCGCCGCCCGCCUCUCCAGGAACCCCGCCAUCCCAGACAGUACUCCCAGCACUUUAAAGAAUUCCAGAUGUCUGCUUUUCUGGUGCAAAAAGAUUGUAGGGAACAGACAAGAAGCAAUGUGGGAAUUCAACUUCAAGUUCAAAAAGCAGUCUCCCAGAUUUAAGAGCAAGUGUUGCAAAGGUCUCCAGCCCCCAAUCCAGUAUGAGGAAGUGCACACAAACCCUGAUCAGGAUUGCUGCCUGCUGCAGAUCACCACCUUCAACUUCAUCUUCGUGCCAAUCGUCAUGGGCAUGACCUUCACCUUGUUCUCCAUCUCGGUGAGCACGGACAUGCGGCACCACCGCGUGCGCCUGGUGUUCCAGGACGCGCCCGUGCGCAACGGGAAGAAGCCGCGCAUGGAGCAGGGCGUGCAGGUGGUGCUGGACCCUGUGCACAGUGUCAGGCUCCUGGACUGGUGGCACCCACAGUACCCCUUCUCCCCAAAGGCUUAGUGCUCUCCUGAGGCUGCAGGAGCCCACAGGGGACUGAAUCUGGCAGGCUGAAGAGAAUUUCUAGGAACCAGGAAAUCCUAUUUUUAUUUCUGAAAUAAAUUCUGCAGUCUCCUUGCAAGUGGUUGAAGCUGCUGAGCUAGUUUGUAUGUAUAUAACUUCUGGUCAGUAAUGAGCAGAGCUGAGUGUAAAGCAGAAACUAUUUGUAAACACACUUUUAUGUAAAAUUGACAUUUUAUGAUUUGAAAGGAGCUCCCUGGAACUGUUCAUUUAAAAUCCUUUUGGUGCUAA